AUGAGCAAAUCGAAGGCGAAGAAGCCACGGAAUACGAAGCCCGACAGCCACACAGAAAAACCAGAAGAGAAAGCGAAAGACCAGGCAGAGUCAACAACGAAAGCUACAGCGAUUGGAACGACAUCUGCAGCAAAAAAAAACUCGGCAAAAAAGACACCGUGCAAGGCAACCACCAAAAGCAAGCGAUCACAACCUCAUCUCUUCACGCCAAAGGAAGACGAAAUGUUAGCUAAGCAUUGGAUCACCACCCCUCAAAACCGAAAUGCCAAUGCCAACCUCAACUUGGGCGAUUAUGCUCGUCUCAACAACGAAUUGGAGGAUAAUGGUAUCACUGUGGAGAAGGACGACUUGAGGAAAAGAUUCCGCCGUAUAUGCAAGGAAACCCUAGAAUUCUCCGUGAUAUUCAAUGCGAUGAAGAGCAAGUCACUCAAUCUCAGAAAGAGAACUCCCGAGGCCGACUUGAUCGCGGCCGCCAUGAAAGACUAUUACAAUCAAUGGGGUCAACCCUUCCAGUUCGAGUCGGCCUGGCAUGUCCUUCGUGAUCAUGCCAAGUGGAUGAACCGGAAACCAGAACACUCUGAAAGCCAGCCAAACCGUCCAUCGGGAACAUCUAGUAACGCUGCGACUGUAUCCACAUCAGAGCACCAAGAAUCGAUCAUCAAACCACCGGUUCCAAUCUUGCCGCGUAGCCAGCCCCCCACCUCAUGUGAACCACCUCCGGACACCAACCAGUCCGGUACUCGUUCAACCGAUUUUAAACCCCAAACCCAACCGAAGGAUGUCAAUUUGGUUGGCCGCACGCGCACCGAGCCACCUCGCGAGGAAAUCCACUCCGCAGAUAUCUCAUCUUUCUCCGAAACUCACGAUAAAUCGACUGACAUCAAACCUUCUAGACGAAAACGGCUGUUUGACGAGAUGGAAGAAGAACAACUGAGAAAUUUAACAACCGAAGCUACAGCAAGUCCGAGUCCAACACAACCACCACGAGCUCAUAAUUUCACGCCAGACGACGACAAAAGGAUUGCUAACUACUGGAUCUCCACCCCUUCAAGUAAGGGAGCCAAAGCGCCCCUCCAGUUGAUCCAUUAUGCUCAACUCGUGCAUGAAUUCGAGGAGAUGGGUAUCACUGUGACGGGGGAUGAGUUGAAGACAAGAUUCAAGCGUAUCUGCAAGCGAACCCUCGAAUUCUCGGCGAUAUUCAAUAUGAUGAAAUGGGCCUCACGCAAUCUUGGAAAGAAUGCUCCCGUGGAUAACUUGAUUGAACCCGCCAUGAAAGACUACUACGAUCAAUGGGGCAAAGCCUUCCGGUUCGAGUCGGCUUGGCAUGUCCUUCGUCAUCAUCCCAAGUGGAUGAACCAGAGGAUAGAGCAAUCAGAAAGCCAGUCAAACCGCCCAUCGCAAACAUCACGUUAUGUUGCCGUUGCAUUCACAUCAAAACCCCAACCAUCCACUAUAAAACCACCCCCGCGUGGCCAGCGCCCAACCUCAUGCGAACCACCUGUGGACACCAACCAUUCCGAUACUAAUUCAACUGAAAUCCAAUCAGAAAUCCCACCGACUGAUGCCAAGUCUAUUGGCCGAAAGCGCACCGAACCACCUCAUUCAACUGAUUUCCAGUCACAAGUCCAACCGGCUGAUAUCAAGUUUACCGAAACGGGCGUUUGA